AGACUCAUCUCUGCAAGCAGAGAAUAGAACCCCUGGGCCCGCACAGACCACGGUUGCUGCACCCAAGCAGCAGAAGUCUCGGCCCACCAACUCACGGGAUGAGCGCUUCCGGUCAGAUAUCCACACUGAAGCUGUGCAGGCAGCUUUGGCCAAAUACAAAGAGAGGAAGAUGCCUAUGCCUUCGAAAAGACGCUCUGUUCUCGUACAUUCAUCUGUGGAAACCUACACCCCUCCAGACACGUCGUCUGCCUCAGAAGAUGAGGGCUCUUUACGGCGACCUGGGCGACUCACCUCCACUCCGCUCCAGAGCCAUCCCAGCGUCGAGCCCUGGCUCGACCGGGUCGUUCAGGGCUCGUCCACCUCAUCCUCCGCAUCCUCCACCUCAUCUCACCCGGGAGGGAGACCCGCUGCUGCUCCCAGUGCUGCCACCACGCCGGGGGCUGCCGCUGCCACCGCACUCGCAGGCCUCACAGCCCACGCCCACAUAGGUGUCCCCGUGAACAGCAGAGUGUCCUCCAAGAUCCAGCAGCUUCUCAACACCCUAAAGAGGCCAAAGCGCCCUCCUCUGAAGGAGUUCUUUGUGGAUGAUUUUGAGGAACUCUUGGAAGUUCAGCAACCAGAUCCAAAUCAGCCCAAGCCUGAGGGAAGUCAGAUGGCAGUGCUGCAAGGGGAGCCUCUGGCUGUGGGGGCUCCUUGGCCCCCAUCACUGCUGGCUGCCUUGCAGCGGUGGGGCAGCACCCAGCCCAGAGCCCCCUGCCUGACUGCCCUGGACACGACCGGAAAGGCCGUCUGCACUCUCACCUACGGCAAACUUUGGAGUCGGAGUUUAAAACUAGCUUAUACUCUACUUAAUAAACUGACUAGUAAGAAUGAACCACUACUUAAACCUGGAGACAGAGUGGCGCUUGUGUUCCCAAAUAGUGACCCUGUGAUGUUCAUGGUUGCGUUUUAUGGGUGUCUCCUGGCAGAGCUGGUUCCUGUCCCCAUAGAAGUGCCGUUGACAAGAAAGGACGCAGGCAGCCAGCAGGUUGGGUUUCUCCUGGGCAGCUGUGGAGUCACCCUGGCCCUGACCACAGACGCUUGUCAGAAAGGCCUGCCCAAGGCACAGACAGGAGAGGUGGCAACUUUCAAAGGUUGGCCACCCCUGUCCUGGCUGGUGAUUGAUGGGAAGCAUCUGGCCAAGCCCCCCAAGGACUGGCACCCUCUAGCCCAAGACACAGGGGCCGGAACCGCCUACAUUGAGUAUAAAACCAGCAAAGAAGGCAGCACAGUGGGAGUCACGGUGUCCCAUGCGUCCCUACUGGCACAGUGCCGGGCUCUGACCCAGGCGUGCGGGUACUCGGAAGCUGAAACAUUAACAAAUGUGCUGGAUUUCAAAAGAGAUGCUGGUCUCUGGCAUGGAGUGUUAACAAGUGUCCUGAACAGGAUGCAUGUGGUCAGCAUCCCCUACGCACUGAUGAAAGUCAACCCGCUCUCCUGGAUUCAGAAAGUGUGUUCCUAUAAAGCCCGGGCUGCACUGGUGAAGUCCCGAGACAUGCAUUGGUCUCUCCUAGCUCAGCGAGGUCAGAGGGAUGUCAGCCUCAGCUCUCUGCGCAUGCUGAUUGUGGCUGAUGGCGCUAACCCAUGGUCGAUAUCCUCCUGUGAUGCCUUCCUCAACGUCUUCCAGUCCCGAGGUCUGAGGCCGGAGGUCAUCUGUCCUUGUGCCAGCUCUCCUGAGGCGCUGACGGUUGCCAUCCGCAGGCCACCUGAUCUGGGAGGGCCUCCUCCAAGAAAAGCCAUUCUGUCCAUGAACGGUCUGAGUUACGGUGUGAUCAGAGUUGACACUGAGGAAAAGUUGUCAGUCCUUACUGUUCAGGACGUUGGUCAAGUGAUGCCUGGAGCCAGCGUAUGUGUUGUGAAGGUGGACGGUGCCCCUUAUCUUUGUAAAACUGACGAGAUUGGAGAAAUAUGUGUCAGUUCCAGCGCAACAGGAACAGCAUACUACGGAUUGCUUGGAAUCACCAAGAACGUAUUUGAGACUGUUCCGGUCACUGCAGGAGGGGCACCUGUCUCCGACAGGCCUUUCACCAGGACGGGGCUGCUGGGCUUCGUCGGGCCUGAUAACCUGGUCUUCGUGGUGGGCAAGCUGGAUGGGCUGAUGGUUGUUGGAGUUCGCAGACAUAACGCGGACGACGUUGUGGCCACUGCGCUGGCCGUGGAGCCCAUGAAGUUUGUCUACAGAGGCAGGAUCGCCGUGUUCUCCGUGACCGUGCUGCACGACGACCGCAUCGUCCUGGUGGCGGAGCAGCGGCCCGACGCCUCAGAGGAGGACAGCUUCCAGUGGAUGAGCCGCGUGCUACAGGCCAUCGACAGCAUCCACCAGGUGGGCGUGUACUGUCUGGCCCUGGUUCCUGCCAACACCUUGCCCAAGGCUCCUCUGGGAGGGAUUCACAUUUCUGAGACCAAACAGCGCUUUCUGGAAGGGACGCUGCACCCGUGUAAUGUGCUGAUGUGCCCGCACACCUGUGUUACCAACCUUCCCAAACCUCGUCAGAAACAACCAGAGGUGGGACCAGCCUCAAUGAUUGUGGGGAACCUGGUUGCUGGGAAGAGGAUUGCGCAGGCCUCUGGGAGAGAGCUCGCCCACCUGGAGGACAGCGACCAGGCUCGGAAGUUCCUGUUCCUGGCUGACGUGCUGCAGUGGCGGGCCCACACCACUCCUGACCACCCGCUGUUUCUGCUGCUGAAUGCCAAGGGCACAGUCACCAGCACUGCAACCUGUGUCCAGCUGCACAAAAGAGCUGAAAGAGUGGCUGCGGCUCUGACGGAGAAGGGAAGACUGAACGUUGGGGACCAUGUGGCUUUGGUCUAUCCCCCGGGCGUGGACCUCAUUGCCGCCUUCUACGGCUGCCUGUACUGCGGCUGUGUGCCUGUCACCGUGCGGCCCCCGCACCCCCAGAACCUCGGCACCACGCUCCCCACCGUCAAGAUGAUUGUGGAGGUCAGCAAGUCCGCGUGUGUCCUCACCACACAGGCGGUCACGCGGCUGCUCCGGUCCAAGGAGGCGGCCGCUGCAGUGGACAUCAGGACCUGGCCAACCAUUCUGGACACAGAUGACAUACCGAAAAGGAAAGUAGCUAGCAUUUUCAGACCCCCCUCCCCAGAUGUGCUGGCGUAUUUGGACUUCAGCGUGUCGACCACGGGCAUCUUAGCGGGCGUGAAGAUGUCGCACGCGGCCACAAGUGCCUUGUGCCGCUCCAUAAAGCUGCAGUGCGAGCUGUACCCCUCUCGGCAGAUCGCCAUCUGCCUGGACCCCUACUGCGGCCUUGGCUUUGCCCUGUGGUGUCUGUGCAGUGUCUACUCGGGACACCAGUCGGUGCUGGUGCCCCCGCUGGAGCUAGAGAGCAACGUGUCCCUGUGGCUGUCAGCCGUCAGCCAGUACCGGGCCCGCGUCACCUUCUGCUCCUACUCAGUGAUGGAGAUGUGCACCAGGGGGCUGGGCACGCAGACAGGCGUCCUCAGGAUGAAGGGGGUGAACCUGUCGUGUGUGCGCACGUGCAUGGUGGUCGCUGAAGAGCGGCCCAGGAUCACACUGACGCAGUCCUUCUCCAAGCUGUUCAAGGACCUGGGCCUGCCUGCGCGCGCCGUGAGCACCACGUUCGGGUGCAGGGUCAACGUGGCCAUCUGCCUCCAGGGCACAGCCGGCCCGGACCCCACAACCGUCUACGUGGACAUGCGGGCGCUGCGCCAUGACAGGGUACGUUUGGUAGAACGGGGUUCUCCACACAGUCUGCCGUUGAUGGAGUCUGGAAAGAUCCUCCCUGGAGUGAAGGUCAUCAUCGCACACACGGAGACCAAAGGGCCCCUGGGAGACUCGCACCUGGGCGAGAUCUGGGUGAGCAGCCCCCACAACGCCACGGGGUACUACACUGUCUAUGGGGAGGAGGCACUGCAUGCUGACCACUUCAGUGCCCGGCUGAGUUUUGGGGACACCCAGACCGUUUGGGCAAGGACUGGCUACCUGGGCUUCCUCCGAAGAACAGAGCUCACCGAUGCCAGUGGAGGACGGCAUGAUGCGCUGUAUGUGGUUGGGUCUCUGGAUGAAACACUGGAGCUGAGAGGGAUGCGGUACCACCCCAUUGACAUCGAGACGUCUGUGAUCCGAGCACACAGGAACAUCGCCGAGUGUGCUGUGUUCACCUGGACCAACCUGCUGGUGGUGGUGGUGGAGCUCGACGGGCUGGAGCAGGAAGCCCUGGACCUAGUGGCCCUGGUGACCAACGUGGUGCUGGAGGAGCACUACUUGGUUGUGGGCGUGGUGGUCAUCGUGGACCCAGGGGUCAUCCCCAUCAACUCUCGUGGAGAGAAGCAGCGAAUGCACCUGCGGGACGGCUUCCUGGCCGACCAGCUGGACCCGAUCUACGUGGCCUACAACAUGUGAGCACAGCGCACAGCCCCAGCUGCUGCAGAAGGGCACGACCCCGGCGGGUUGAAGGUGUGAACGUGAAGGUGCUGCAGAGCCCCCACUGGGAGAACGGAGUCUGGUCUCCAUGAUGACCCGCCCCUUCCUAUGCUUCACAGAUCCCCUGACAGUUCCCCAGUCUCACUUCAGAAAGCACUUCCUGAACUAUUUAACUGUUUUCAGUCUGCCAAGUGCUUUGACAGAAACAUGGAUGCCGGUGUUUUAACAGAUGGAGCCACUGAGAGAGGAGAGGAAAGGCCUGGGGUGCGCAUCGCGAGGCUUCUCAGACACCCUGAUUGUUCUCCGCUGUACUGCGCGUUUGCACUUUCCUUAGGCUAAAAACAUAAUUCCUGAUUUUAAAAAUUCAGUUAUUUAUUUCCAUUUCAAAUGACAAGUUCAAUUAUAGAAUUUAGGCUGGAGAGAACUUUGAGGCUGUGAGUCCAGCAGCCUCUCUUCACUCCCCAGGCGGUGAGCCCAGCAAAGCGGACAGCAGGGGGCAGAUUCGGGCCCGCCCUUCCCUCUCGAGGACCGCACCGGGCCACGCACGGUGCUCCCUCUUUGCCAGUGUCUUCGUGGAAACAGGUGUGCCCGUUUCUGAGUGUGUUGUCACUAAAGUGCCAUUUUGGACUGUCAAGUUAGAGGCUCUGUUUCAGAAAGAAGCCAACAUUUAGUUUCAAAUCACUGUCUUGGUCUGUAACUUCGUGCUGUUUGGUUAAAUUGCUAGUUUUCAUAACACUGCACCAUUAAUUCUUCUCGUGGAAGUGUACUGAUUUCCAAGCCAGCAGAUUGAGAAGCAUUGGUGGCAAAGCCUAAGGUUUUCACAUCCUCACUGCUGCCUGGUGAGCACCUGCAGGACAGCGGGGGGCAGUGGGGCGGCCUCACUGGCUUGGCAUUUUGACUUGUGUGCCUGUGAAAUUUGGCCAAACCAUUCUCAGUUAUUUUACUCAAACUCGACUAAACAGAGUGAUCUAAAAUUUCACUGAACCUAAAUCAAAGAAGAGAAUGUAAAAUCCUUUAGAUACUUCUAAGAAUUUGAAGUCAGGCAUGAAUCUAAGACAUAGAUUAUUUUUAUAUAACUAAGAAUAUGUUAUGAAAUUGUUGGGUUUUGGGGGGAUUGAGGGUGGGAAAUUUUAUGAAUCAUGCAUGCUUCACAGAAAUACCACAUUUUUCCAGAAUUAGCCUGGAUCAGUGCCUAACAAAGCUGUUAUUAAUUCUCCACAAAUGAGUCUGGCUGACUGGACCAACUCUCAUAUCUCUCUCUUACCUGGCUACAGACAGCAGCGUGCACAGUAGCCCUGUUUGCCUGUGGUGUUGGACUGCGGCGUAGCAUGUUGCAACAUACAGGAAUCCUAAUAUUCCUGUUGUAAUUGUGUACAGAAUCUACGUAACUUAAAAUUUGUCACACACAGGUUUUAGCAGUGGACUAGUGGACAUUCUUUACACUAGAGUGGCUGGGAAGGGAAAAGAACUACCUAACUCCAAUCUUAACGUAGUUUUAUAGCAAACAAAAAUUAUAAACUUUUUGUAUUGAAAGGUCAGUGGCAGUAAGACAAAGUGUCUUGUAAAUUAAGAUUUUAAGAAACGCAUUAAAAUGUUUUAGAAUUAC